AUGGCCCCAGCACUGCCCAAAAACAUCAUGGUCGUGCUGCAGAACAACUCAUACAAGGUGUUAUCGUUGGGGGCCGAUGUGCUGCCCGAGUACAAGCUGCAGCCGACUCGGAUACACCACUGCACAAUUGUCCACUAUUCCCCAUUCAAGGCAGUAUGGGACUGGGUCAUCUUGCUACUUGUUAUCUACACCGCCAUCUUCACCCCGUAUGUGGCCGCGUUUUUGCUUCGAGAGAUGGCCGACACGAAUCGACGAUCCCGCCUAUCGGAACCAUUGGAAAUUGUCGACCUCAUCGUUGACAUCAUGUUCAUCGUCGACAUUAUCAUCAAUUUUCGGACGACCUAUGUCAACGAGAAUGAUGAGGUACAGGUCGUCUCCCAUCCGGGCAAGAUCGCGAUCCACUACUUCAAGGGUUGGUUUGCGAUCGAUAUGAUUGCUGCCGUGCCUUUCGAUUUGUUGCUGGUGAAUACAAAUUCUGAUGAGACUACAACUCUUAUUGGUCUACUAAAAACGGCUCGUUUGUUACGGCUGGUACGGGUUGCCAGAAAACUGGAUAGAUACUCUGAAUACGGUGCCGCCGUCCUUCUCCUCUUAAUGGCAACAUUUGCACUAAUAGCUCAUUGGCUCGCUUGUAUAUGGUACGCGAUCGGUAGCGCUGAACUCGCACACAAAGAAAUUACUUGGCUCCAUCACUUAUCAACAAGUUUAAAAGCUCCAUACAUACAUACAAAUGGAACUGUGCCCGUCGGAGGUCCGUCAUUACGAAGUCGAUAUGUGACCUCCCUCUACUUUACACUAUCCACAAUUACCUCCAUCGGUUUCGGAAACGUUUCUGCGACGACGGAUUCGGAAAAAAUCUUUACAAUUAUUAUGAUGAUACUAGGAUCUUUGAUGUACGCUUCCGUAUUCGGUAAUGUAUCAGCCAUUAUUCAACGACUAUACAGUGGAACAGCAAGAUACCACACCGAAAUGUCACGCCUUCGCGAAUUCAUCCGAUUCCAUCAAAUCCCAAAUCCGCUUCGACAACGUCUAGAAGAAUACCUCCAACAUGCCUGGAGCUACACUAAUGGAAUCGAUAUGAGCGCGGUACUAAAAGGCUUCCCCGAUUGCCUACAAGCCGAUAUCUGCCUCCAUUUGAAUAGAAAUCUCCUCAGCAAUUGUCCAGCCUUUGCCGGCACGUCUCCGGGCUGUCUACGAGCCCUUUCAAUGAGGUUUCGAAUGACACACGCUCCACCUGGUGAUACUUUAGUGCAUCGAGGAGAUAUUCUUACCGGUCUGCAUUUUAUUGCGCGAGGAUCUGUUGAAAUUCUGAAAGACGAUAAUACAGUCAUGGGUAUUCUAGGAAAAGACGACAUCUUUGGCGAAAAUCCAUUAUUGUAUGAAGAUGUAGGCAAAUCUUCGAGCAAUGUGCGCGCAUUGACUUACUGUGAUUUGCAUAAAAUCCUGCGCGAAGACCUCCUCGACGUCCUCGAGAUGUACCCGGAAUUUGCGGAGAAUUUCUGCAAAAAUCUGCAUAUCACCUACAAUUUGAGGGACGAGGAACAGUCGAUGAAAAAGAGGUUCGACAAGCAUAAGCUGUUGCGGAUGAGCUCGUCGUUGAAUAAGGAUCGAUAUACGGGGAUUGCUGCUCAGGAUCGGGAGAACGAAAUCGUGGAGCGCGGGAGGAGGAGUGGUGCUGAAUCAAGAGGUAGCGAUGAAAGGAGACCGUCAGGCUCCUCAAGAGCAUCACCUCCAGCUGAAUCUGUACCACUACUCAGAAGACCACAUCAUCCAUCAAUUCACACCGAUGGUGAUGAUAAUGCUUUUGAGGACAUUCGAGCUUUCUCGCGUCAUACCGUAACCGUAAAUCCGACAAUACACGCAUUAGCAAGUGGAUCAGUGCCGGGACGAUCGAAUGGUAAUGACAACGAUAGUGAAGAAAUCUCACAAAUUUCGAGGAGGAUGAGUGCUGUAGAAAAAAGCUUGGACGAGAUGAAGAAGGAAGUCCGAGAAGAUAUGCAAACGCUUAUCAAAUUAUUAAAAGCUCAUGGCAAGCUGCCCGGCGACGACGAGCCGGAGGUUCGGCAACGUAAACGCACGCCAGCACAUCAGGAUCUCCGGCUAGCUAAUGGCGGCGAAGAGAUGCGUGUCUCGCGGCUAUCUUCUCACGAGCCUCCGCUGUCCGACUCAUCGCCCACAUCUCCAUCCACCACUCUACCUGGUCCGUUUAUGUAC